AUGGCCGUCCAAGAGGUCGACAAUGCCGUGUCCAAGGACAUGGGCACCAACGACCACCUCGACCAGGUCGAGAGCCAGAAGGAGGGCUUGAUGGAGGAGACGGCGCGCGUUGUCGAUCAUCCUGCCGAGCGAGCUCUGUGCUUCAAGUUUGAUAUUCGCAUCCUGCCUGUGCUGGCUAUUAUGUACCUCUUCAAUGCCCUCGACAAGGGUAACUUGGGUAACGCCCAGACCAAGGGCCUCAGCAGCGAUCUUCACUUCAAGUCCAACCAGUACAACCUCGUCGUCUCCAUCUUCUUCGUGCCCUACGUCAUCUUCGCUCCCCCCUUCGCCAUGCUGGCCAAGAAGUUCGGAGCCUCGCGCGCCCUGCCCAUCAUGAUGUUCACCUUUGGCUCCAUGACCCUCUGCACCGCCGCCACGCAAAACUUCAGCGGCAUCUUCGCCGUGCGCUGGUUCCUCGGAAUGGCCGAGUCCGCCUUCUUCCCGACCGUCAUCUACUACCUGACCACCUUUUACCGUCGUGGAGAGCUGGCUCGACGAUUGGCCAUCUUCUACGCCGCGUCUAACAUUGCCAACGCCUUCUCCGGCCUGCUUGCCUUUGGCGUCUUCCACAUCAAAGACAGCAAGAUCCUCGUCUGGCGCUACCUCUUCAUCAUCGAGGGCGGCGUCACCUUCCUCUUCGCCAUCUUCGCCUGGUUCUACCUCCCGCGAUCCGCCUCCGAGGCCAAGUUCCUCACCCAAGACGAGCGCUCGCUGGCCUUUCACCGUAUCCAGGUCGAUUCCUCGUCCGACGUCGCCGAAGAGUUCAACUUCCGCGAGGCCCUCAAGAUCUUCACCUACCCCUGGGCCUACGGCUUCCUGCUCAUCGAAAUCUGCCUCGGCGUGCCCAUCCAGUCCGUCUCGCUCUUCCUGCCCCAGAUCAUCGCCCGCCUGCAGUACUCCACCGUCAAGACGAACCUCUACACCGUGGCCCCCAACGUCACCGGCGCCGUGAUGCUGCUCGUCCUUGCCUUUUGCUCGGAUUACACCCGCCUGCGUUUCCCCUUUAUUAUCCUGGGCUACGUCUUCACUUUCGUCGGCUUCAUCAUCUACGCCGCCAUCGACGACGUCACCAAGCAGAUCCACGUCGCCUACUUUGCCACCUUUAUGAUGUGCUGGGGAACUUCUGCUCCCUCCGUCUUGCUGUCCACUUGGUACAACAACAACAUUGCUCACGAAGGCCGCCGUAUCACGCUUACCUCUGUCGGUGUGCCCCUGGCCAACGUCAUGGGUCUUGUUUCUAGCAACAUCUUCCGUACUCAGGAUGCUCCCCGAUACGAGCCUGCUCUCAUCACCACGGCCUGCUUCGGCGCUGCCGGUGCCCUCAUCACUCUGUGCAUGGGAAUGUUUAUGAUGUGGGACAACAGGAGGCGUGAUCGCCGAUCGGGUGUCAAGAUUGACCCUCGGGAUAUUCCUACUUCGCGACUCAGGGAUGGUCCCAGCGCUCCUGAGUUCAGGUGGUUCUUGUAA